AUGCUUAACAAGUUCAUCGACGUAAGGGACAGGGAUUCCUACUCAACAUUCACAUCAGCAACUGGCAUCAGCAUUCUCACAUCAGCAACUGGCAUCAGCAUUCUCACAUCAUUCCUCGCGGAAGAAACCGACGAUAUGCGCAAGGGAACGCGACCACCGCCUCUGAACCUCAGCAUCGUCACGAGGCCGAGAUCUCUGCCGCGGCUGUCAACUACACCAAUUGCAAGGGAGCUUACACCUCUACUUACCCCUCUACCCGAAGAAGUCGAGGAGCCGACAGGCGCUGGUAUCAGAGCCGUCAGGGUCGCGGUUGAUUUUAUGCAGAUUAUUUCAUGUCUGCUUGUCAUUUUGAUGCUGGCCAUCUUUCUUAUUUCGUAUUCUGGAGCUGCAGCUUCCAGCCAUGGCAUCAAGGCGUUUGUCCUCAUCGCGGCUCUGACCUGUGAUGUCGGCCUUGGCAUGUGGUCUAUAGUGCACCACGACAGACCCUGGACCGGCCCCGCAGUCGUGCUCCGAACGCUCACAGCGUCAGUGCUCCUCGGCAGUCUAGUGUCCUUCCUCGUAGUGGAGAGGGUGUUCCCUUCAGACUACACGUACUGGGAGCUGCCUCUUUCACAGACCGGUGCACCUGUGCUGGGUCUCGUCUCUGCUAUCUUGUAA